AGCAGGAUUCCUAGCUUUAUGGCUUCUUUGCUUUCCUUGCCUGUUCACUUCAGAUCCUACAACACACAGUUAUACGUCUCAGCUAGGCCAGAUGAGAAUAGCCAGUUAAAGAAAGUUGAGGCAUGUGCGAUAGACAUAAGAGACUGGAUGCUAAGCAACUUUCUCCUGCUAAACCCGGAAAAAACAGAGGUUCUGGUACUGGGACCACAAGCCGCUAAAAGUAAGUUUAAAGAUCAUACUGUUACUUUAGACGGUCUCUCUGUUUCAAGUAGUCUAACAGUAAAAGAUCUCGGUGUGAUUAUAGACUCUAAUCUCUCAUUUGAGGCGCAUGUAGAUAAUGUAAGCAGGUUAGCAUUUUUCCACCUCAGAAAUAUCGCUAAGAUUAGAAAUAUACUUUCGCUAAGUGAUGCUGAAAAACUAGUCCAUGCAUUUAUCACGUCCAGAUUAGAUUACUGUAAUGCUUUACUAUCUGGAUGUUCGUCUAGAUGCAUAAAUAAGCUUCAGAUAGUUCAGAACGCAGCAGUGAGGGUCCUGACUAGGACUAGGAAGUAUGAGCAUAUCACGCCAGUCUUAUCUACAUUACACUGGCUCCCAGUAAGAUUCCGCAUCGAUUUUAAAAUAUUACUCCUAACCUAUAAAGCAUUAAACGGUCUCGCUCCGCAGUAUUUAAGCGAUAUGUUAGUACCUUACGUUCCGCCGCGCCUACUUCGCUCUAAGGAUGCAGGCUGUCUAUCAGUACCACGCAUUGCCAAAACCACGGCAGGGGACAGAGCUUUCUCUUACCAAGCCCCAAAAUUAUGGAAUAGCCUCCCAGUUAAUGUACGUGAAGCAGACACGGUCUCAGUGUUUAAGUCGAGGUUGAAGACUUAUUUAUUUAACCUAGCAUUUAGCGACUAGUGUUUUAGACAAAGGAGUAGAUCUGGGGGACUCGUGGAUGUUGAGUGUUAUGGUGAUCUGGUGUGUUUGGAUGCUGUCUUCCUCACUCUCGUUAGUCACUCAGGUUUGUGACGGCAGAGUGACUGCAUGCCUUACAUAUCAGGGAUCUCUCACGUCUGUGUUUCCCCCUGGUUCUCCUUUUAGUUACGCUGUUAUAGCUAGUCCUGCCGGAGUCCCCUGCACUCCUCAUUAAGUUUUAUCUCCACACGGUGACUGUGAGUGUACCUAACCACUUUCCUUCUUUUUCUGCCGAGCUACACUCCUGAGCUGCCGGUGAUCCAGACCCCCCUACGCUCUGGACCAGAUGAGCAUCACUCCUGAGCUGCUGGUGAUCCAGACCUCCCCCCCUUCACUCUGGACCUGUCCACCGGCAAUGCUUCACACUGCCACGAAGACGCUUCAGCUGUUUUCUAUGGACUACACAAACACACAUUGUACACACACACUACAGUGUAAACCCAUAUGAGGAUGUGUUCUCUGUUGAGUCUGGUUCCUCUCAAGGUUUCUUCCUAUCACCAUUUCAGGGAGUUUUUCCUUGCCACCGUCGCCCUGCUUGCACAUCAGAGACGUCACACACACACACUUCACUUUACUUUUGUUUGUGUAAAGCUGCUUUGAGACAAUGACCUUUGUAAAAAAGCGCUAUACAAAUAAAAAUGAAUUGAAUUUAAGUUGAUCCGAAGGCACAUUCGGUAGGAGGACACUGCCACAUUAUAAUUCUUUUGCACGUUUACUUUAAUUUGUCAUAUCUUAUAUGCCAGAGGAUAAUAUUGUAUUUUUUAAUAUUGCGUUAAUUGUACAAUCUGUUUCUGAUAGACCUGAUGCUAGCUAUGCACUGUGUAAAGAGCCUUUGUCAUGCUUAUGUGAUUAACAUAUUAUUGGCUUUGCACACAUAUAAGUCUUUAUUUUGUUGUUUGUUGCAGUUUUACGUUAUUCCAUGUUCAACAGUAAAGCAAAGAAAUGA